GUGUUUACGGACGCUUUAGUAAGGGCGGAAGUAGAGUCCUCAGCGGAAGUGGCGUCAGUAAGGGCGGAAGCAGUGUGGCUGGGGUCGGAGCUGGGGUUCCAUCCCGGCUAGGCUGCCGCCCUUUCUGGGUUGCCGCAAUGGAACUCAGCGCCGAAUACCUCCGGGAGAAGCUGCAGCGGGACUUGGAGGCAGAGCACGUGGAGGUCGAGGACACGACUCCCAACCGUUGCGCGUCCAGCUUCCGAGUCCUGGUGGUGUCGGCCAAGUUCGAGGGGAAGCCACUGCUUCAGAGACACCGGCUGGUGAACACGUGCCUAGCGGAAGAGCUUCUGCACAUUCAUGCCUUUGAGCAGAAAACCCUGACCCCAGAGCAGUGGGCCCGUGAGCGGCAGAAAUAAGAGACCAAGGCCUGCACAGCCAUUAAAUUAUGAAUCAGGGCCA